AGACGAGAACAUGGUGAAGACGCGGCGUGGUGUGGCUGUUAAUACGAAUGAGAUAACCAUGGAAGACAAAGCGUCGGAGGAGUCCAGCGGCGAGGAUGAUGGACCGGAAGAGGUGACAUUCGAGACGGCGAGAGAAGACGCCGAAAAGAAGAGGAGAGACGUGGCGGCUUUGAUUAAAAGAGAUAAAGAACAACAGAAGGAAAAACGAAGAAAGAGACAGGAGCUGUUUUCUGAGCAAAAGAAACAAAAAUUUAUCUCUGAAGAGGUUUUAAAAGAGGUGGAAUCUUCUGAAGCCAGCAAAACCAACGACAAUCCGAAUUCAGAAGAGCAAGAAGAUGAUGAAGGACCUGAAAGUGAAGAUGAGGAUCUUGAAGUUCAUGAGGCUCCUGUAAGGUACAAUGCGGUCAGACUGGCCGAUCACACUCAGGCCGACUCGCAGCAAGAAAGUGCAAAAGACUUCAUCCGUACUCGGCUCUAUGGGCGCUCCAGCAGGACCACAAACAACCAGAUGCUUUCCCUGAAGAAUAAGAAGGCCAUCCAGAAGAGUGCGGCGGUGAAGUUCAUAAACCAGGACUGGGGAUUGGAAGAGAAAAGAAAAGCCGAGAAGUUUAAGCGGCGAUGGAUUCAGAAGACGACGAAGACACAAAGCUGAGAAGAACGCAAGGCGAGUCGGUAAACUGUGGAGUGGAAGGCAGAGACGGCAAAUUCCAAGGUGAUGUCAAGGAAGUGAAUUGUACCUGCUGAGACCGUCUUAAAAGACAGAGGUGUCGAGAUUUAGGGCACACUUGGGGGACAUCGUUAGUGAAAUGACACGAGAUGAACAUUUGUGACGACACAGUAAACGCUAUACGAGGAUUUAAAGCUGUCGAUCCUUGAUGGAUCUUUACAGCUGCUGUUUUUGUGGCCAAUCACUGUGCCACCACGAGUUGUUUUUUAAUAAAAUGUGAAAGUUUGGAUCUCAAA